AUGAUUUCGUAUGAUGUGGAUAACAGUCAAUUGAUUGAUGAUAUUUGGAAACAGAAAGCAAUAGCUGAUCAGAAAUUUAAACAUAAACAUCAUAAUUUAAGCAUUCAGGAGAGAGAUAGAGGGACUAAAGGCUCAUUUUUGGCUAAUUUUGGGCCUCUCAAAUCGUUUGAAACAAGUGUUUUACGAUCGAAAAAACCUAGUACUGGAUAUGAAGUACACACAAAUUGCUCGGCAAGGAAGAGAAGCAAGAUGAAUAAAAUUCUGAAUGUGACUCAGAUCUCUCAAAAAUUUAAAAAGGGCUUAAACACCUCCUAUAGAAGGCUUGAUCAGAACAAGCAACUCAAUAUCUCACUCAAGGGAUCAAAGAAUUAUAACAAAAAGAGGGUAAAACAGUUUUUGAAAAGCUAUUUUCAGGAAGAUUUUCACUCUCAAAGAUGGAAAUCCCAGAGGCACAGUUGUCGCGGAAUCAGUCUCAAGAAAAGAAUUUCAGAGGCCUAUAACAUAAAUAAAAGACUUAAAGGUCUCUCACGUCGUUCUAUCAAGUUGAAAUAACACUGUCAGGACUAGUUUUGAGCAAGAAAGUCAUGAGAAAGCUCCUAAGAUGUUUAAAACAACUCGGAGGAGCAUUCAGCCCUCUCGGCGUCGUAACAAUAAAGUGUUCAUGAAGAUAGACAAACAGAUGGACAAUGACCUGUACCAUAUCACUAUUAAGAGGAACUUCAGAGGCAAGAAGCUGACCAUUAGUGCUAAGAAUGAUAGGAAUACAACGAAAAGAGCAGACUUCAAGAUAAAUUUACCAAGGAAGGCAGCCAAAGAGAUGCUCAAGUCUAAGUUUGACGGCAGUUUUGCUAAUCUUACUGAUAAUUUAUGCAUUAAGAACCGAAGACUACUUUUAAUCAAUCCUAAAGCUAAUUUGGAGAAUCUUGAGAACUAAAUGCAACUGUCUAAUAUGAAUCCGAUGAUGAAUGAAAACUCAGAUUACUCUUUGGAGCCUAUUAAUGAAGGGAAUUCUGCGAAUGUGUUACUUACAGAGACCCAGAACUCAUCCAGAAUCUCUCCAUCCAAAACUGCUCA